AUGGUAGAGGAUAGCUUGCAACCACAGCAGGACAUGGAUAUGCUUCUAUCGGCGGUUUCAGACAGCCUCGAAACGCUGAGGACCCGACUAGAUAUCGAAGUUUUACCCUUAUUCUUGCCACUCUUAGCUCAGCUUUGUUGCCUACAGCGCGUCACAUUAGACAUUGUGCCCACUCAGGGAAGCUUUCACCCCCCGGUGCUUAUGUCUCCUUCGUCAGCUCAUGAUCUUGUGGUACGGAUAUCUACCGGGAGCCAACAAUGGAACGGUGGAUGGAGUGAAACCGUGGUGGAUAUGUUCAAGUCCUCGUUUCCUCACGUGAAGCAACUUACAUUGGAAGGUUCGCGCACGGAAUAUCUCCUGGAUCUGCUCAUCGAAGGCACCCUGUCACAGUUGAAGACCGUUUUCCUCAGCCUCCCUACUCAAAAUCCAGGCCCUACCUUCUGUCUGUCAUCUUCGAUACAGACAUUGACAAUAAAUGUGGGAGGGGGUGAUAUCAAUCAGUGUAGAUCAACCAAUGUUACCGGUCUGUAUAUCAACUACGAGGACGGCUCAACUCGGAACUCUCCUCCAAUCGAAUUGUCGAACUGGCCAAAUCUUAUGGCACUAAGUAUCAAUCACCUGAGCCAUCCAGUUCAAUGGCAUACAAUUCGAUUCGAGUUUCUUAGGAAAAUCGAUCUUGGUCAUGCCCCAGCCAAGUUCGCACGAUACGAGGGGUCGCGCUUGAUCUACCAUCUUGCUGCACAUCCAGAUGCAUUUCCUCUUCUCAAGAAACUCAAACUCAAACCAUAUAUAGAGUGGGACAUCUUCUUUAUCAUGCUAGAGUCGAGAAACUCGCUCAGAAAGACUGCAACCAGCUCUCGUCUCAAGUCGGUGGUGUUUACUUCGAGAAUACCAGCAGAAUUUGCCGAGUUGACGUCAAGGCUACUGCGAGGGACCAAAGACGAGGUUGAUUCUCUUUCCAAGUAUGAGUUUUCGUGGAUGGGGAGCAUGGAGAUCAUUCAAGAUAUGAGCCUGUGA